CAUCAAAAAUUCAACACACCUUGAGCGCACUGAUUAUGUGUUCAGGAGCUAUCGUCUUCUUUGACUCCUUCUCGCAGAUGUCAUUGGCUUCAGAUGAUAUCAAAUGUAUAAAUUCUACGUCGAGGUAUCAAUCAUCCUGAUCCUCGGAUACGAAAUAGAGAGUAUGUUCACCUACACAGCACUCUAUCACCAAGUCGCGCGUUUCUUUGGCGCAAACUACGUCCUUUGGGAGUAAUUCUGAAGUACAGAUCAUCAUCGCUGGAAGAAGCACCGAGACCUUCGCGGUCUGACAUGGCCAAGGUCAAUGUUCAACAAAGUUCAAUCAGUUGGAAGUUGGGCGCCCAAUUUUUCGUGAAGCACGUGUUCUCAACCAUCAUGUCUGCGGUAAACCCAGUGAAUCCAAAGCCUUUCAUUCAGGAGCUCACCGGUAAAUCCAUCCGUGUCCUGCUAAAAUGGGGGUUAGAGUAUAAGGGCUUCCUUGUUAGUACGGAUGGAUAUAUGAACCUUCAGAUGGUGAACACGGAGGAAUUCCAGGAUGGAAAAUCAACCGGCACUCUUGGAGAAGUUCUCGUUCGGUGUAACAACGUCCUGUACAUUAGUACAGACUCAGUCGCUUAUCUUCGUUCAAGCUUGCAAAGAUAUACCUCGUGUUAUCUUCCUUUCGGAACCGUUGUAUGUUAUUGUACUUAGAUUGAUUGUCUGCGCCAAAACUGUCGUAUCAUCAGCUUAUAAAAUUCAUGAAUUUGCACUGGUUGUCCUUUUGAACAAAAGGA